GGUCAUCGAAGGCGGCGCGCACUCAGUUGCCGUUCCACCAGCAGAAAGUGCAGUACUCACAGUCCACGUAAUUAGUAAUUACCCCAUUAAAUAAUGUCGGUAAUCGGAAAGAUCGGGUUCCUGGGAGGCGGGAAUAUGGCCAAGGCAUUGGCUAAGGGUUUCCUAGCCGCAGGCCUGGCCAAACCCAACACCCUGAUUGCCAGCGUGCAUCCGGCAGAUAAGCUCUCGCUGCAGUCCUUCCAAUCCCUAGGAGUGAAUACAGUGGUCAAAAAUGCACCCGUUGUGCAGCAAUCGGAUGUGGUCUUCGUGUCCGUGAAACCCCAAGUGGUUCCCUCGGUUUUGUCGGAGAUCCAGCCACUAAGCUCAGGCAAACUAUUCCUCUCCGUGGCCAUGGGCAUCACUUUGUCCACCAUCGAAUCCAGUUUAUCUCCACAGGCUCGUGUGAUCCGUGUGAUGCCGAAUCUGCCAGCUGUGAUGUGUUCCGGUUGUUCAGUAUUUGUUCGUGGAGUCAAUGCCACCGAUAGAGAUGCGGAGAUCACCCAGAAACUGCUGCAGUCCGUGGGCACUUGUGAGCCGGUGGAUGAGUCUCAGUUGGAUGUGGUUACUGCUUUGAGCGGAAGUGGACCGGCCUAUGUGUUCGUGAUGAUUGAGGCCUUGGCGGAUGGAGCCGUUCACAUGGGAUUGCCCAGGGAUCUGGCCUAUCGUCUGGCAUCACAAACAGUCCUGGGCGCAGGUCACAUGGUGCGGGAUAGUGGCAUGCAUCCCGGACAACUCAAGGAUGAGGUCACAAGCCCGGCGGGAUCGACAGCAGCGGCGCUUAGACAACUGGAGCUGUCAGGUUUUCGGGCAGCUGUGUCUGGAGCGGUGGAACAGGCGACGCUGCGAUGCCGGCAAAUUUCGGGAAAGACGACUUAGGCACAUAGGAUUUCAUAUAAAUAUACGUACGUUGGGGUGGGCCAAUUUUGUUAAUAAACCAAUAGCUAUAGGUCUCUAAA